AUGACGCAAUUCACACCUUCACUUCCUUCUUUGCACCAAAUCACCUCCCCUUUCUCCGGCCUUGCCAUGAACAUGAAUAAUCAGAUUCCUAGGACGCGACCCUGGCCUGGAUUCCCUUCCUCCACCGCCCUCAAUUCCUUCGGUGAUGCUAAUUGCAUGGAACAAUUACUUGUUCACUGUGCCAACGCCGUCGAAUCCAACGACGUAACUCUUGCGCAGCAAAUCCUCUGGGUUCUGAACAACAUCGCUCCCCCCGACGGCGACUCCAAUCAACGCCUUGCCUCCGCCUUCAAUCGCGCCCUCGCCGCCCGUGCUGCUAAAUCCGGCAGCUGCAAAAUGCUUGCCGUGGUGGCGGACGCUAACACCAACCUCGCCGCUAUGGACGUCCACAACUUCUCCGUCAUCGAGCUCGCCAACUUCGUAGACUUAACCCCUUGGCACCGAUUCGGCUUCACCGUGGCUAACUCGGCCAUUCUAGAAGUUACCGAGGGAUAUUCAGUUAUUCAUAUCGUGGACUUAAGCUCCACGCACUGCAUGCAGAUUCCCACGCUCAUCGACGCUAUCGCCACCCGCCACGAGGUCCCUCCUUUAAUCAAGCUCACGGUAGCUGGUUGUAAUAACGACAUCCCGCCUAUGCUGGACCUUUCCUACGACGAAUUGGGCGCCAGGUUGGUGAGCUUCGCAAGGUCCAAGAACAUAAUAUUGGAAUUCAAAGUGAUUUCCUCCACUUAUAAAGACGGGUUCGCCGCCCUAAUCGAACACCUUCGGGUGCAACAGAUGGUUUUGGCGGCGGAAGGGCACAAGAGGGAAGCGUUGGUGAUAAACUGUCACAUGAUGCUCCAUUACAUCUCCGAAGAAACCCUAUCCACACUAACCCCAGAAUCAGACCAUUCAAUUUCGUCCUCUUACAUUUACGACUCAUCGUCGUUGCGAUCCAUGUUUCUGAGAGCCGUCCGGAGCUUAGAGCCGACGAUUAUGGUUUUAGUGGACGAAGACGCGGAUUUGACAUCGAACGACCUGGUGUGCAGGCUGAGGUCUGCGUUUAACUACCUGUGGAUACCGUACGACACGGUGGACACGUUCUUACCGCGAGGAAGCCGGCAAAGGCAAUGGUACGAGGCGGAUAUAAGCUGGAAGAUAGAGAACGUGAUCGCACAGGAAGGGAUACAGAGGGUGGAGAGAGUGGAGCCGAAGAGCAGGUGGGAACAACGGAUGAGGAAUGCUAAGUUUCAAGGGGUUGGGCUAAGUGAGGACGGUGUUUCAGAGGCGAAGGCCAUGCUUGACGAGCAUGCAGCUGGGUGGGGAUUGAAGAAGGAGGACCAACAUCUUGUUCUCACCUGGAAAGGACACAACGUUGUUUUUGCCUCUAUUUGGAUGCCUGCUUGACUUCACUUUACUCCUUCCUUUUCACUUUUUCUCUGUUUUCCUCCCUCUCUCCAGUAGUACUGGUCUAUAUAUCACCAUCAAUAAUAUCCCUAUUAUUCUUCCUGUC